UCUUUUAGCUUUCAUCAGCAAGCAACCUUCUCUUCCAGCUACCAGUCAAAAAUAAGUGCAUCUAGCCAAGGCUUUUCUUCAGCAACUGCUGCCAAAGGUCCCGUGCCUUACGGAGGGUACAAUGAACCCUCUGCUCCUGCUCCCAAACCACGGGUAGUGACAACUGCAAGCAUCAAACCAUCUGUUUAUCAACCAGCUCCAGGUCCUGCUCCGAGCUACGCUCCAUCUCCAGCACAUGCUUACCCAGCACCCACACAAGAGCCAACAAGCCGUCCACCAUGGGUGACUGAUGACAGUUUCUCUCAAAAAUUUGCACCAGGAAAAUCUACAUCUACUGUUACUAAGCAAAUCCUUCCAAAAGCAGCACCACCACCACCAGCUCCAAUCACCACUCACAGCUAUACACCUCAGCCCGUGAGUCAUCCCCCCUCACAAGCACCUCGGGGGCUGAUCCAGCGUGCUGAGAGAUGCCCAGCAAGCAGCAGGACCCCUCUGUGUGCACACUGCAACAGUAUUAUUAGAGGACCUUUCUUAGUGGCAAUGGGUCGGUCAUGGCAUCCAGAGGAGUUUAACUGUGCCCACUGCAAGACCUCCCUGGCUGAUGUGAGUUUUGUUGAGGAGCAAAAGGGCGUUUACUGUGAACGGUGCUAUGAGCAGUUCUUUGCUCCAACUUGUGCUCGCUGCAACACUAAGAUCAUGGGGGAAGUGAUGCAUGCUCUAAGACUCUAAGACAGACCUGGCACACUACCUGCUUUGUCUGUGCUGCUUGCCGGAAGCCAUUCGGUAAUAGUCUUUUCCAUAUGGAGGAUGGAGAGCCAUACUGUGAAAAAGAUUAUGUUGCUUUGUUCAGUACAAAAUGCCAUGGAUGUGAUUUUCCUGUUGAAGCUGGAGACAAGUUUAUUGAAGCCCUUGGCCACACCUGGCAUGAUACUUGUUUCAUCUGUGCUGUUUGUCAUGUGAAUCUGGAGGGCCAACCCUUUUACUCUAAAAAGGACAAGCCUCUUUGCAAGAAGCAUGCCCACGCCAUCAAUGUGUAA